AUGUGUAUAUUUACCACUAAUAUUAUCUAUCUAUCUAUCUAUGUCUCUAUCUAUCUAUGUCUCUAUCUAUCUAUCUAUCUAUCUAUCUAUCUAUCUAUCUAUCUAUCUAUCUAUAUACAUUGGAUCAAAUUCUAUCUAUCUAUGUCUGUUCAUAUCUAUCUAUCUAUCUAUCUAUCUAUCUAUCUAUCUAUCUAUCUAUCUAUGUCUGUUCAUAUCUAUCUAACUAUGCCUAAUUCAUUAUUUAUUUAUGACGGUCUAUCUAUCUAUCUAUCUAUCUAUCUAUCUAUCUAUGUCUGUUCAUAUCUAUCUAUCUCGGUUUGUUCAUAUCUAUCUAUCUAUACACACAAACACACACACGCGCCAAAGUUAAUUCUUAGAUCCAUCCUUCUAUCUAUGUCUAUUCCAUGUAUCUUCACAUCUAUCUAUCUAUCUAUCUAUCUAUCUAUCUAUCUCAAAGCUAAGUCUCUGCUUUCUCUCUCUCUAUCUAUCUCUCUCUCUCUCUCUCUCUCUCUCUCUCUCUCUCUAUCUCUAUCUAUCUCAAAGCUAACUAAGUCUCUGCUUUCUCUCUUUAUCUAUCUAUCUAUCUAUCUAUCUAUCUAUCUCAAAGCUAAGUCUCAUCUUUGCUUUAUCUAUCUAUCUAUCUAUCUAUCUAUCUCAAAGCUAAAUCUCUACUUUCUUUCUUUAUCUAUCUAUCUAUCUAUCUAUCUAUCUAUCUCAUUCUCUUCACAUCUACGUAUCUAUCGCAUAUCUAAGUCUCGUCUUCGCUUUCUAUAUAUAUCUAUCUAUCUAUCUGUCUAUCUAUGUAUAUAA